AUGCCACCGGUGCCGAAAGAGAAACCGGCGACGGCGUCUACGACAACCAAGCUGCCAGCCUCGAAGCCGAUGCCCAAGCAGCCCACUCCGCCUGCGCAUCCACCGCCAGGUAGAGCUGCGGGCCCUCCGGCCAAGUCGCGGUCUGCAGAUGAUCGGUCGCGAACCCCAAAGCCACGUAAUGCCAAGGAAGGCAAGGCGGCACCUGCCAAGGAGCCCAGUGUCAGAGCACCACCGUCACCUUCACCGCCUCCUCCGCGACCUCCUCCGCCGCCCAAGCAGCCGCCUUCUGAGCAGAUAGCACCUCCUACACCUCCGCCAGUCCCACCCCCGCCACUUCCGCCACCUCCUCCGCCAGGAUCAGACGCAGCAGCACGGCCGUUGACACCCCCUGCAGCAAAUGCAGCACAUCCAGCACGAGCACCUGUGCCAGAGCACAUACCAAAGGCAGCAGUGCCACGAGCACCCUCCCUGCCGCGAACAGCACCGAUUCCCAAACAAUCUGUUGCUGGUGCAGGGAUCGGCAAUCCAGGGCCAAGGCCAAGGCCCAACAUGGGCCAGCCAUUCCCGCCACAGCCGCCGCAGCAAGGACCAGCACCGACCUGGAUGCCUGCUCAGCUUCCUCCGCUGUUUCAGCUCCUGCAACUUCCGUGGCAAGUAACGAUAAACCUGCAACCGCCCCCCUUCGUUGCUCAUGCUCAGCCUCAUGCUCCGACUGCGGGGUAUAUGGGGCCGAGGGCUCCACCGCCGCCCGGGCCGCCUGCGCCGGGUCCGCGACCGUCUGGGUCGCCGACUUCUCCGGCGGCGGAGGAGAACAACGACACUUCAGACGGUGAAGCCGAUGGAACAGAUGAUGAGAAUGAGUCUCCAGGCGGCAAGAGUGAUGGCGAUGGCGGCGAUGGCAAUGAGCGUAACGGUCCAGGCCCGGACGAAGCUGCUGAAGAUCCGGACAGUGAGGAGCUGGAGAAGGAUGAUGAGGCCGCCAGCGGUGGUCCUGACGAGCGGGACAUGGAGGAAGAGAUCGAGGCCGCGUUUGGGGAGGCUUCGAAUGAGAUGCCACCGCCGAACUUUUCCAGGCCGCCACAGCCGUACAGGUCCGUUGGCGAAGAAGAUUUCGGAUUUGAUCCGUUUGCGGACAUUGGCGGCCCUACGUACGAGGAGCUCUUUGGAGAGGCCAGAGAUGGUGGGCCAGCUGUGGAAGAGCAGCCGACGAGGUCAACUAGGCCAAGGGCGGAAGCUGAGGCUGAGACGAGCUCAAGACCGACUCCGAUAAGCAGUGCCGAUAGAGCAAAUCUCUUGAACGAUGUGCCUCUGCAGGUGAGGAAGCGCUCGGCACGCAACAAGCCGUCGUGA